AUGUGUACUCAAUUAAUAGAAGAAGAUGAGACUUCUGUUAUAAUUGAUGAUAAGUCAAAUAAAUUAAAUCUGAAACGUCUUACGACCAAAGGAUCCAUCACUAAAUCAAUUAAACUUACUGACGAAGAAGUCGAAAAAUGA